AUGGGUCGUAUGAAUGGAAUGGGAGGUCCAAUGGGAGGAAUGGGUAAUAUGGGUGGUGGAAUGGGAAGUCCAAUGGGUAAUAUGGGUGGAAUGGGAGAACGUAUGGGUGGAAUGGGUAAUAUGAAUGUGAUGGGAGGCGCAAUGGGUGGAAUGGGUGGGCGUAUGAAUGGAAUGGGAGCGGGAAUGAAUGGUAUGGGCGGAGGAAUGAAUGGUAUGGGCGGAGGAAUGAAUGGUAUGGGCGGAGGAAUGAAUGGUAUGGGCGGAGGAAUGAAUGGUAUGGGUGGAGGAAUGAAUGGUAUGGGCGGAGGAAUGAAUGGUAUGGGUGGGGGAAUGGGCGGCAACAGAAUGAACGAUCCAUACAACCCUCCGCCAAUAGGCUCGCCCGCAUUUGUGGCAUGGCUUCACAGAAUGGAUCAGCUGGGAAUAGAUACUCCCUAUGAAAUGCCGGACUCUACAGAUCCACCUACCACUCCGGCCCCUUCAACACUUCCUCCUCCACCAACGACACCUCCACCGACCACUUUGGCACCUCCGGUGAUUGCAAAUGCACCUUCGCCACAGAGCGCACAAGCACCUGAAACCCAUCCAAUGGAUGCUUCCCAGACAAAUCCAGGUCCAUCUGCUGCUUCGAACAGACUAUCCGCAAACAUUUCACCUGGAAGCGCAUUGGAACGAACACUCAGAGCUCUACUGGACACUCUCAGGAUACAACACGAGCCACCUAUAACUACACCCCCGACUACUACAUCCACAACAACAACAACGACGACGACGACGACUGUCCCUACAACAGUGAAAGUUUUGUCAGACGCCGCUUUAAUGGCCGAGAUGAUGAACAGCUUGAGUUCAGGAGUUGGACUGGAGCAAACACUGAUGUCGAUGAUCAAUGCUUCACACCAUCGACAUUUAGCCAUUCCCCAAGACAGUCUCAAAUCUUACACUCCCCAACACAAACCCAAGAGAAUGGCAAAGCUGAAACUGCGUACUCUACCGACAGAGUAA